AGAUUCUUAUAAUAAUUUAAAUAAACUUAUAUUACAAAUGCAUUUACCAAUUUUGGAAAUAUUAAAAUUCUAUGAUUGUGCAUCACUAGAUUUAUAUCAUUUAAGAGUGUAUGAAUAAACUAAUUUGUAUGUUUUUUCUCAUAUCAAGAUGAUCAUGAAAUUUAACUGAUCAAUCAUAACUUCAUUGAAGAGAUCAUUUGUUGAUAUUAUAAUGUUUGUUCGAAUAUUCAAAUAUUCAUUGAGAUAUGUCGCACUUAUUAAAAAAAAGAAUAUUAUAAUCUUAUGGAAGAACGGAAAUCUCUCAUCCCAUUUCCAACGUUUUUUUUUACAAAAAAAUCAUUAUAUUAUCUUUCUAUAUUGAUUAUAAUUUUUUCAUCUUAUUUUCACUGUUUAAUAAUGCCUUUUCAAAUAUUUUCUGUUGAUACAUCUGUAUUACGAGAUAAUGUACUUUUGCUGGUCGAUGAUGCUUUUUAUAAAAUGGUCGAAGUUGUAGCAUGACCUGCCGAAGCUCAAUUAUUAGAGUUUCAAGGUAUUCGAGGAGUGUACUCUUUUCUCAAUACUGAUGAUGUAUUUGGUAUUCUUGCACUUAAAUGUUCAACAUUAACCAAUAUUAAAAAAUUAAUCUGUUUUGAAAUUGAUGAUGGUGAUGUUAAUACAGCUAUAAUAAAACCAGGUUGUCGAAGUAACAUUCGUUAUUUACAUCAAUUACUCUCACAAAGACAUGAUGAACAUAUGAAACAAAACAAAUACAAAUCCAGUGGAAAUAAACAAUCACAAUUAACAAAAAAUAAUGAUACAAGUUUAAAUCUUUCUCAAGAUCUAUCUCAAGCUUCUUCAACAUCUACAACUCAACAACAAUCUACAGGAACAUCAGGUUAG